AUGAGUCCGGCAGCAGUGGGGAAACCUUCUACUCGAGCAUCUGCCGUCGAGCGUGGAGGGCCAGUCAAUAUGCCACUGAAUGGCUCAAUCUCGAAUGGCAGUGCUGGCCAGCACCAGCACGGCGCCGUGCGUGUCUUCCCACAUCUUGACGAUCUGGUGAUCGCAAAACCAAAUGUGGACAUCAACUCACCACUCCGAACAAUCCUACUGCAAGGAGAACUGCUGGCCAAACAAGCAGAUACACAUCUUGAUUUUCGACGCCCAGACAUAGCGCUCCAGGAAUAUGUUAGUGCCUCAGUUAUUGCAGUGGAGAUUGUGCCUCGUCACCCAGAUUAUCUCGCUCUUCAAAGAGAUCGGGGUGAUCUGCACCGACUUUACCUUGGCCUCAAUAAGAGGAUCAAUUCACAGCACAAGAAGUUUGCGGAGGUGAAGGAGAUGAUUAAAGAAGACAAUGCUAAGAGCGGCGUUAAACCGACAUCUGGAAAACAAAAUACAUCUGGAGUUCACUCGCAAAUACCAGGAGCCGGCGUUGAAGCCAUGAAUAGUCAUGUCACAUCAGUCCCGUUACAGAAAAAGACAGCGCCAGCAGUACAACCAAAACCUGAUGCUCUUCAUGGGAGAGCUGUUCCUAAUGCAAAUGGGACCAAAAAUGUAUCUGAUCUGGCUGCACGAUUUGCCCGUCUGCAAAACGGCGGACCUGUCCAGGAUCCGCGCAUCAAAACACGACCCAUCUCCAUUUCAAACCCGCCAGAAUCAAAUUCGAUUCUUCCUAACAAGCCCGAAAGCAGAUCCACCAUGAUUCGACCCAACGGGCCCAGAGAACUGCCCUCUGUGCCAGACACACACCCGCGAGCCACGAAAAUACCUUUAGAUGUCACAAUUCCUGGUAUGCCACGACCCCCAGAUGCCAUACAUCACAGCCCACUACGUGCGGUCGACAACCCAGAUGCAACAAAUCUCCCUUCUAGUGUCUCUCGAAAUCCAUCCUUCUUGGGGAAUGGCCAGAGAGAUUCAGCUCCUCCGAUUUCUACAGUUGGCCCUUCGCCCUAUGUCUUUGAGGGCAGGUCAGAAUAUUUUGUUAGUCCUACACACUCAAGCUCAGAAAACGUCAUGCCUGCACGGGGUGGAACUAAAGUUUUGUGUCCACCGGAUUCCGUUACUAUCACCGCAGAAGAACUUGUAGGAUACCUUCAACAAGGGCAGCAGAAAUUAAAGCUAUUAAUCGUCGACCUGCGUGACCGCGAUGACUUUGCGGGUGGCCAUAUCAUGUCUCAAGCUACAAUCUGCGUGGAGCCACUCACCCUGCGCUCUGGCUUGUCGGGGGAGGAACUAGAAGACAGCAUGAUCAUAGCACCUACUUAUGAGCAAAAUUUGUUUGACCAACGCCAUGAGUUUGAUAUGCUUGUUUUCUAUGAUCAAUCGUCCACUUCUUUCAAGAAUCUUGGUUCCAGAACGGAAAAGGACAACAUUCUAAGAGACUUUGCGGCUGCUGUUUAUGACUAUGGCUACGAUAAGCGGCUAAAGCGACGCCCUGUCCUACUUGCUGGUGGGUUGGACUCUUGGGUAGACCUUCUGGGUCCUAAUUCAUUGGCAACAUUAUCAGCGGGUUCUCACGAUGCUACUUCCGCCCCCAUGAUAAUAUCGCCUAGGUCCCAAGGAGCACGCUCACAGGCUUUGAAUCUAUCCAAAAGACGGAUACGGCCUGCUCGUGUGCAAUCCAACGAGGAACAGAAGAGAUGGGAUCAGAUUCUUAAAGAAGAAAGCAACAUACUCCGUGAAGGAAAGGGUGCUGUCACUGAUGCCGACGAGCUCGUUUAUGCGCGGACCCAGGAGGAUUUCCUUCGCCGAUUUCCUGAACUUCCUCCUGUGCAAGAAUCAAUGGUUUCACCAGCCGCAACGGUACCGUUCAAACGGAUUCAAGAUGAGCUCGAGAAUAUCAUGCCCAGACCUCCGGCUCGCCCUGCUCCAGCGCUGCCACGGCAAAGGUCCAAUGGUAUCACGGACCGGGGACUGACGCAGCAAUAUGCACAUGGUGGCCAGCCGUCACUUAGCCCGAAAAUUGUGUGGCCUGGUGCUACAGGUCUACAGAAUUCCGGGAAUGUUUGUUACAUGAGUGCUGCCAUUCAACUUAUAAGUAUGACGCCUCAGCUGCGAGAGUUUCUGAAGGGUUUGACCCCAGGCUCUGUGCCCGUACCUGCGAAAGCAGCCUUUGGCUCCUUUGCGGGUGAAUCGGCUCCUCCGUUGCAGUUGAUGGCGAGGACCUUAGGUAACUUGCUAGAACACAUGUGGUCCGGCCACUAUAAUUUUCUGAACCCACGGACAUUGCGCGGGUAUAUCAAUGCUGUUCAUUGCACAGUCCGCUUUGGUGAGCGGAUCCGAGAUCGUGCAUUUGGUGGCCGGCUCAGGCAGCACGACUCAGGCGAAUUUCUUGUAUGGCUACUUGACAUAUUGGAAGAUGAAACGAACCCUGUUCGUCAUAGA